UCGCCCAACAAUGGGACAACAGUCCUACAAGAUUGCGGUCAACCCGCCAUCCAGCAUCGAGAUGAAGAACAAGCCCCCCACGUCUAUCAAGCAUCCUUCGUGCAGGGCACUAAAUCCCUUGAGAUAUUAACAAAAGAACGCUCCUUAAAUGGGACUUAUGGCUCAGCGGUGUCACCCCGCUACAGCUGGCCAAGAAUGACUUUCACUCCCAGCCCUUCUCAAAUGGUGGCCUGGCUUGUUGCUUUGCGUUACCCAAACACAAUCCAAACCAACACAAGCAUCCUUUCCACAGCAGAAGAAUACUUUAAUGACUCCUGUGCUCACCCGCCAUCCACUACGACGGACCGGGAAUCAACCUUACCUCCACCAACCCUCUCGCUUCAGCUUCCCCGUCCGAUACCAACCAUCACUACCCUACCCCUAAACCAUCAGCCAACCUAUACUUCGGUCCUCCGGCAACCCACUAGGACUCCACCACGAUCGAUUCUUGAAACCCGAGAACCUGUUCCUUCCACUAUAUCUAUACUCACAAUAGAAGAUCUUCACCGCCGGUUUCACAACAAACCAUCACCGUUCCAGGUCGAGUCCAAGACAAGAAAACGCUCAGCUAGUCAUAACCGCAACAAACCCAUAUCUGCAACAAACUCAUUGUCCAAAUUUCCGACUUCAGCAUUACCCGCAUUCUCGCGCUUCCUAGCUAUGGCGCGACCACAGCAACGACUUUUUCGAUGUUACUGA